UUUUUUGAUACUUUAGAAAAAGAAUGAAUGAAAAUGGGGAAUUGGGCUGCCGAAACUCCGAGCCAUCAUCAUCGUCAUCCUCAUCACAGUAAUCAGGUCCGAGGGAAACCACCGAAAAACUCACCAUGGAAACGGAAGCUCAACAUGAUGCAGCUGCCAAUGCUGCUUCCAUUAACUCUUUCAUCGAGAUCACUUCCUCUUCCAAAGAGGAAGCCCUUUUCUUCUUAGAGAGCCACAAUUGGGAUCUCGACGCCGCCGUUUCCACCUUCUUGGAUAACCAUGCCGCCGAUGCCAUCGACGCCACCGCCACCGCCACCGCUACUGCCACUCGCCCACUUCCACCUCCUGAUUCGCCUGAAUUUGCUCCUUCAGAGUCGCCAUCGCGUUCUCGUUCCCCUUCCCCACCUGCUUCUCGUGCUCCUUAUGAGCUCCGUUCGAGAAGAACUAGGGGUGAAUCGGAGAAGAAGGAUGACAAUAGGGCUUCUGGUAGUAGGACGCGUCGCAUCCGCACCCUCUCUGACCUAAACCGGCCGGCGGAAGGGGACUCUGAUAGCGACUCUGAUGAGCUGCAAGAGUACUACACUGGUGGUGAGAAGAGUGGCAUGCUUGUGCAGGAUCCUUCCAAAGGCAAUUCUGUCGAUGCAAUUUUUGAUCAAGCCAGACAAUCAGCAGUCGAUGUACCUAUUGAACCAUCUUCAGCUUCGAGAAGCUUUACUGGCACUGCCAGAUUGCUCUCUGGGGAGACAGUGCCCUCAAUUCCUAGGCACCCAGAGGCUGUCACUCACACUGUCACUUUCUGGAGGAAUGGAUUUUCUGUUGAUGAUGGUCCUUUAAGGAGAUUGGAUGAUCCUGAAAAUGCACCUUUUAUAGAGAGUAUUCGUAGGUCAGAGUGUCCUGUAGAGCUCGAACCUGCAGAUAGGAGGACAUCUGUCCAUGUUAACCUUGUCAGAAGAGAGGAAGACUACCCAGAACCGGUGAAGCACCGCCAUGCUCCAUUCCAAGGCGUUGGGAGAACAUUAGCUAGUGACUUGCCAAACUCGGAUGCUCCCUCUGCCACUCAUUCACUGAAUGUUGCUCCGCUCCCAUCAACAGGUUUGGUGGUUGACGACUCAUUGCCAAUUACUUCUCUUCAGCUUAGGUUGGCAGAUGGGACACGAAUGGUCUCGCGUUUCAACCACCACCACACAGUCAGGGACAUUCGUGGGUUCAUUGAUGCAUCAAGGCCCAGUGGUGCGAGAAAUUACCAGCUCCAGACUAUGGGUUUCCCUCCCAAACAAUUGGCUGAAUUGGAUCAAACUAUCGAACAAGCUGGAAUAGCCAAUUCUGUUGUGAUUCAGAAAUUCUAACAGGCUCAAAAUCAUUCAAUGUUGCAAACACUGAGACCUAGUUUUUUCAUCCUUAUGUCUUAUUUUGGUUCUGAUAGCUAUGUCAGGUAUAAGUUUGCUUUGACAUGUGUGGCCUAGUAUUUUAUAGGGCCGGUUUCCUUUUCAACUGAAUUAUCAUGUUAUGAUAGUAAAGUUUUAUUCCAUUAACAACAA